GGAAGACAACUUCUAUUUAUAUUCCUUUUACCAGUAACAACUUCCUUGGGUGUAAAGUAAUCUGUCUGGUGAAUCACUUUUACCUGAAUCACCCUUCAGAGAUCAACACCGAUCUGUCAUUAAGUGAACUAACUAAUAUAGAACCAUAUAACUUGGACGUUUUUUGGGAGGGAAUACCUUAAAAUUGGGGAGGAUAUGGCCACGUGGAGAGGAGAUUACUUUACUUCUUCUGCUGUGGCACGAAGAAUGGGUCUAUCAGGGCCACGGAAUGGCAGAAUCUACAUCAUGUACCACGGCACCUCUUGGUGGGCUGCACAGAAAAUCAUGGUUAAAGAUUUUUGUCCGUCCAAGUGUGGCAUGUUGGGGCAGGGUGUGUAUCUAAGCCGGGACCUGGAGAAGGCUAGUAGAUACCCCCUGGACCUCACUGAACACCAGAAGGUUGUCAUCAAAGUUAAAGUCAAUGUGGGCAAGGUGAAAAAAAUAGACCGCCAAGACCACCCUUUGCAGAAGACGUGGCAUUACGAAGGUUACGACUCAGCCUGGGUUCCUCCUAACUGUGGCAUGGUGAAGAGUGGUUUAGAAGAGACCUGUGUCUGGGACCCAAAUCGCAUUACUGUUUUAGACAUCAUCAAAUCAAAAACAGAACCCACCUUACAAAGUGAGGAUUCUGAUGAGGAAGAAGAGGAGGAAGAGGAUGAAGAGGACACUGAGGAUGAGGAAGAAGAGGAAGAGGGGGUGGAGGAAGAGGAGGAGGAGGAGGAUUAUGAGGAAGAAGGGGUGCAGGAAGAGGAGGAGGAGGAAGAGAAUGAGGAUUAUGAGGAAGAGGAGGAAGCGGACGGGGACACUGAGGAGGAGGAGGAGGAGGAGGAGGAGGAGGAGGAAGAGGAGGAGGAGGAGGAGGAAGAGGAGGAUUAUGAGGAAGAGGGGGUGCAGGAAGAGGAGGAGGUGGAAGAGAAUGAGGGUUAUGAGGAAGAGGAGGAAGCGGAUGGGGACACUGAGGAGGAGGAUGAGGAGGAGGAGGAGGGGGAGGAGGAGGGGGAGGAGGAGGAGGAUUAUGAGGAAGAUGGGGUGCAGGAAGAGGAGGAGGAGGAAGAUAAUGAGGAUUAUGAGGAAGAGGAGGAAGUGGAUGGGGUCACUGAGGAGGAGGAUGAGGUGGAGGAGGAGGAGGGGGAGGAAGAGGAGGAUUAUGAGGAAGAGGGGGUGCAGGAAGAGGAGGAGGAGGAAGAGUAG